AUGAAGCGGAAGAACAAGAUGGACUACAAGUCUAUGCAAAAUGAAGUUGAAAGUCUUAGAAUGAAGCUUCAACAUGUAGACACUAGAUCUGCUCAAGUAGAUCAUUUGCUGGCUGUUAUUGGAACAUACAAAGAAAAAGAAGUGGCUGGAACAGUUGCCAUUCAGUUGGACAGCCAUGCAAAAAAAUUAUCUGCCCUUCAGAGAACAUGUUUAUCCCAAAGAGACAAGGUACAGUCAUCGCUAAUUAAGCUCGCAGCUGCCAAUGAAGAGCUGGCAGCUGCCAAUGAAGAGCUUGCAGCUGCCAAUGAAAAGGUUGCAGCUGCCAAUGAAAACCUUGCAGAUGUCAAAGAAAAGCUUGCAGGUGCCAAAGAAAAGUUAAAGAUCAUAGAAAUGAUACAAUUGGGUGAGCAGCCAGAUGAUAUCCAGGAUGUUAUUGAUGACCCUCCAAAUCCUGAUCAGCCAAUCUUAUAA